AUGAUAGGGCGCCGGGAAAUUGCCAAACACAACUCCGCCGAUAGUUGCUGGGUUGUCCUCUAUGGCAAAGUAUACGACGUCACUAACUUUCUCGAAAAUCAUCCCGGGGGCUCUGCGGCUAUCCUGGCCUUGGCUGGGAAAGAUGCAACACAGGAGUACGAUACCAUACAUCCGCCAGGUUUAUUAGAAGAGUACCUUGCUCCUGAGGCAUGCUUGGGCGUCCUAUCCGCAUCCACGUCAGAGACUGCAGAGCCAACAAGCAUUCCCCAACACACAGCAUCUAAAGAGACUUCCGAGGAAGCACCACUAUCGUCACUGUUAAACCUCGCCGAGAUCGAACAAGUUGCCGAGCGAAAACUCAGCCCAAAAGGGUGGGCAUAUUACUCCUCUGCAACGGACAACAGCAUCACAAAAGCGCACAACAAUCUCAUCUACCGUUCGAUCUUACUAAGACCACGAGUUUUCAUAGACUGCCGCGAAUGCGAUCUUUCCGCCCAUUUCCUCGGUCUCAAACUCGGACUACCAAUCUACAUAUCUCCAGCAGCAAUGGCUCGUCUCGCCCACCCACAAGGCGAAGCUGGCAUUGCAGCAGCGUGCCGAAAGUUCGGGGCGAUGCAACUUAUCUCCCACAACGCCUCGAUGGUGACACAGGAAAUUAUCGCCAACGCCCAUCCAGACCAAGUCUUCGGCUGGCAACUAUAUUGCCUAAAAGACGUGCGGCGUAGUGAGAAGCGGAUCGCCGAAAUCAACUCAAUCAAAGCUAUCAAAUUCAUCUGUCUCACCCUUGACGCUCCAUUCCCCGGUAAACGCGAGAUCGAGGAGCGACAAAAGAUGGAAGAGCUGCGCACCGCUGGCGCGGCUUCGUCGCCCCAGGUCUGGGGAACUGAUGCCUCGCUCACAUGGGAGAGAACGCUCAAUUGGCUCCGGAUACAUACAUCCCUGCCGAUUGUCAGGGGUAUUGUGCUUUCGAACCACGGUGGCCGCGCAUUGGACACAGUGUCGACUCCAGUGCAUGUCCUACUGGAGAUUAGGCGCUUCUGUCCGGAGGUCUUGGAUCGAUUGGAUGUCAUCGUUGACGGUGGUAUCCGAAGAGGAACGGAUGUUGUCAAGGCUCUGGCACUUGGUGCUAAGGCUGUGGGGAUUGGACGAGCAGCGUUGUAUGGUCUUGCAGCGGGUGGGCAAGAGGGUGUCGAAAGGACACUACACAUCCUUGCCGACGAAACAGCAACUGCUAUGAGACUUCUCGGUGUUCAACGUGUUGACCAGCUGUCAUUGCAGCAUGUAAAUACCCAGCUCGUGGACUCACAGACCUUCAACUCCGGAAGCUCGAUGUCGUCAGUGGAGAGGGCAUUUCCAGCCCGCGCCAAGUUCUGA